UCGCGCUGCUGCCUUACUAAAUGUUCGCGCGUAAGAAGAAGCAGACCUAGAACGGCGUGCUUGUAAUAUGUAAAUUUUUCAAAUAAGCUAAGUUUGUGUAUAUUUUCAUCAUUAAAACGUCGUGUAAAUUAAAAUUCAUCCUAAUUAUAAUUAAUAAACUACAUUAAUAAACGGAAAUUCCACAAUUCUCAAAAAUAAAUCUGUAAAAAUUCAAGUUUUAACCAAUUCUCAUACGUAAUUAAAUAAAAAAAAGUUCAGUUUUGUUAAGUCCCAAGAAACAACAGCUGUGCAACUGUGUAAAAUAUUAUUCAUAAUUUUGUGUAAAUUUAUGUAAAAAAAAAACCAACCACGACAACCAAACCAAACGAAGAAAAUUAAUUUUUUUUUGAGCAAAAAGUGUGUGAAAAAUCUCAGCAAAGCCUGUAAAAUAAAUGUUAAAUAAAUUAAGCAAAAAGUGUGGUUUCUUUUACAACAACAAACAAGUGCAAAUCUAAAGAGAAAAUUUCGAAAAAUAACAAGUAAAAACAUUUGUGAAUAUUUCAAAACUACGAAUCGUGUGUGUAGUCUUUUGUGUGGUUUUAAAAAGUAUCCAAUCCAAUAAAAGUUGGCAAUACGCGCAAAAUUGUCAGCUGCGAUAGCUAGGAAAAGCCUCCAAAAUUGAGCUCCUAAGCGCGCCCACAAUUGCCAUAUCGACGCCCUCGCCGCAGCAGCAGCAGCAGCAGCAACAUCAACAGCAGCAGCAGCAGCAACAACAGCAGCAGCAACUCUAUCAGCAACACCAACAGCAGCAGCAGCAACAUUACGGUCCACCACCGCCCUACUUUCAACAGCUACACCAACAGCAGCAACAGCAACAUCAGCAGCAACAGCAACACCAGCAGCAACAGCAACACCAGCAGCAGCAACACCAGCAACACAUGAAGUUUCUGGGUGGUAACGAUGAUCGCAAUGGCCGCGGAGGCGUCGGCGUUGGCACGGAUGCCAUUGUGGUAGGAUCUCGCGGUGGCGUUUCCCAGGAUGCCGCCGAUGCCGCUGGUGCCGCCGCAGCCGCCGCCGUCGGCUAUGUCUUCCAGCAACGUCCAUCGCCUGGCGGUGUGGGCGUGGGCGGAGUGGGUGGCGGGGUGCCCGGAGUGGGUGCCGUGGGCUCGACCUUGCACGAGGCCGCUGCCGCCGAGUACGCCGCCCACUUUGCCCAGAAGCAACAGCAGACGCGAUGGGCGUGCGGCGACGACGGCCAUGGUAUUGAUAACCCGGACAAAUGGAAGUACAAUCCGCCGAUGAAUCCGGCCAAUGCAGCCCCUGGCGGACCGCCUGGAAAUGGCAGCAAUGGUGGUCCCGGCGCCAUUGGCACCAUUGGCAUGGGCAGCGGAUUGGGCAGCAUGGGCGGCGGUGGAGGCGGCGGCGGAGGUGGUGGCGGGAAUAAUGGAGGAUCCGGCACGAAUGGCGGUCUCCAUCAUCCGUCGAUGGCCGCAGCAGCGGCCAAUAUGGCCGCCAUGCAACAGGCGGCAGCGGUGGCCAAGCACAAUCACAUGAUGUCACAGGCAGCAGCCGCCGCAGCAGCUCAACAGCAGCAGCAACAUCAGCAUCCACACCAGCAACAUCCCCAGCAGCAGCAGCAGCAACAACAGCAGCAGCAGCAGGCUCAGAAUCAGGGGCAUCCACAUCAUCUAAUGGGCGGUGGCAAUGGACUGGGCAAUGGCAACGGCCUGGGAAUCCAACAUCCCGGCCAGCAGCAGCAGCAGCAACAACAACAGCAGCAGCAACAGCAACAUCCCGGCCAGUAUAACUCGAAUUUGCUCAACCAUGCCGCUGCCUUGGGUCACAUGUCGUCUUAUGCCCAAUCGGGCGGCAGCAUGUACGACCAUCAUGGUGGAGCCAUGCAUCCGGGAAUGAACGGGGGCAUGCCCAAGCCACCGCCACUGGGUCCUCCAGGAGCCGGAGGUCCACAGGACUAUGUCUACAUGGGUGGCCAGACCACUGUGCCCAUGGGCGCCGCAAUGAUGCCGCCACAGAAUCAGUAUAUGAACAGCUCCGCUGUUGCAGCUGCCAAUCGGAAUGCAGCGAUCACCACAUCCACUGCCAAGAAAUUGUGGGAGAAAUCCGAUGGUAAGGGCGUUUCCUCGAGUAAUCCUGGUGGACCGCUGAAUCCCUUGCAGAUCCCCGGCAUCGGGGAUCCCUCUUCUGUGUGGAAGGAUCACACCUGGUCCACACAGGGCGAGAAUAUCCUGGCACCGCCCCCGCGAGCCUACGCCCAUGGCGGUGCCUCCGAUACUUCGAACAGCGGCAAUGCGGGCAUACUGAGUCCCCGCGACUCGACUUGCGCCAAGGUGGUGGAAUAUGUUUUUAGUGGUUCGCCCACCAAUAAGGAGAGCCCUCUUUCUGGAUUAGAGCCGCGUUUGCGCAAUUUAAAGUUUGACGAUAACGAUAAGUCACGCGAUGAUAAGGAAAAGGCCAACUCUCCGUUUGACACAAACGGUUUGAAGAAGGACGAUCAGGUCACAAACACAAAUGGUGUUGUCAACGGCAUUGACGAUGACAAGGGCUUCAAUCGCACCCCUGGUUCACGUCAGCCUUCCCCUGCAGAGGAGUCACUGCCACGCCCCCCGAAUCUACUCUUCCCCCCACUGCCACCCCCCUUCAACCACAUGCUCAUGGACCAUGGCCAGGGCAUGGGCGGCGGCUUGGGAGGGGUCGUCGGAUCUGGCAACGGGGUUGGAGGAGGGGGCGGCGGAGGCGGGGCGGGCGGAGCGUAUGCGGCCCACCAGCAAAUGGCCGCCCAAAUGAGUCAGUUGCAGCCGCCGAUGAUGAACGGCGUUGGCGGCGGUAUGCCAAUGGCAGCACAGUCACCCAUGAUGAAUCACCAGGCAGCUGGACCCAAUCAUAUGGAAUCUCCCGGAAAUCUCUUGCAGCAGCAAAAUUUUGAUGUUCAGCAACUGUUCCGCUCGCAGAAUCCGGGCCUUGCAGCAGUUGCCACAAAUGCAGCGGCCGCAGCAGCAGCCGCAGCAGCUGCCACAUCGGCAGCGAGUGCUGCGGCGGCGGUGGGCGCUGCCCCCGUGCCCAAUGGCUCGCUGCAACAGUCGCAGCAUCAGCAGCAACAGCAGCAGCAACAACAGCAGCAACAGAUGCAAAUGGCUGCAGCGUCGCAACAGUUUCUGGCCGCCCAGCAGGCGCAAAAUGCGGCCUAUGCCGCCCAACAGGCCACGCCCUACGUCAUCAAUCCGGGCCAGGAGGCUGCCCCCUAUAUGGGCAUGAUUGCCGCUGCCCAGAUGCCGCAGUACUACGGCGUAGCGCCCUGGGGCAUGUAUCCGGGCAAUUUGAUUCCGCAACAGGGAACGCAGCCGCGCCGCCCCCUCACCCCCUCGCAGCAGGGUGCCGAGAAUCAGCCGUAUCAGGUCAUCCCGGCCUUCCUCGAUCACACGGGCUCCUUGCUGAUGGGAGGACCCCGCACCGGGACGCCCAUGCGUCUGGUUAGCCCCGCCCCCGUUCUGGUGCCCCCGGGCGCCACCCGUGCCGCCCCCCCGCCGCAGGGCCCACAGCUGUACCAACCGCAGCCGCAGACGGCCCAACAGAAUCUCUACUCGCAGCAGAAUGGCUCCAGUGUCGGAGGACUCGCCUUGAACACGAGCUCGUUGACGGGUCGCCGCGACUCCUUCGACCGCAGCACCUCCGCCUUCAGCCCCUCGGCGAUGGACUACACCAGCAGCGGUGUGGCAGCUGCCGCCAAUGCGGUGAAUAGCACAGUUGUCCAGGCCGCAGCAGCGGCCGCAGCAGCCGCCGCAGCGCGUGGCAAGUGGCCGGGAGCGAUGUCGGGAGCGGCCAGUGGAGCCUACGGAGCCCUCGGAGCGGGCAAUGCCUCGGCCAGUCCGCUGGGCGCACCACUCACACCGCCGCCGUCGGCGCAAUCCUCUCUGGGCAGUCGGGCACCCGGAGCCGAGUCCCGCCAGCGGGCACAGCAACAACAGCAGCAGCAACAGCUGGCCGCCGUGGGACUGCCGGCAACUGCAGCAGCUGCACAGGCAGCAGUGGCAGCGGCAGCCAACAAUAUGUUCGGUUCCAAUAGCUCGCUCUUCAAUCACCUGGCCAUUCCGGGUACCGCAGCCGUGGCAGCGGCAGCGGCAGCAGCAGCGGCGGCCAACUCGCGACAGGUGGCCGCCACAGCGGCGGCAGCGGCGGUGGCAGCGGCAGCCGGCGGCGGCGUGGGCGGGGCCCCACAGCCGGGCAGAUCUCGCCUACUCGAGGAUUUCCGCAACCAGCGGUAUCCCAAUCUCCAGCUACGCGAUCUCAACCACAUUGUGGAGUUCUCGCAGGAUCAGCACGGCUCGCGGUUCAUCCAACAGAAGUUGGAACGUGCCACGGCGGCCGAAAAGCAAAUGGUAUUCAGUGAGAUCCUGGCCGCAGCCUAUAGCCUGAUGACCGAUGUCUUUGGCAACUAUGUCAUCCAGAAGUUCUUUGAGUUCGGCACUCCGGAGCAGAAGAACACGCUGGGCAUGCAGGUCAAGGGUCAUGUGCUGCAGCUGGCGCUGCAAAUGUACGGAUGCCGAGUGAUCCAAAAGGCCCUCGAGAGCAUCUCGCCGGAACAGCAGCAGGAGAUCGUCCACGAACUGGACGGACAUGUGCUGAAGUGCGUCAAGGAUCAGAAUGAACAUGUGGUGCAGAAGUGCAUCGAAUGCGUGGAUCCGGUGGCCCUGCAGUUCAUCAUCAAUGCGUUCAAGGGGCAGGUUUACUCGCUGAGCACCCAUCCCUAUGGAUGCCGGGUGAUCCAGAGGAUCCUCGAGCACUGCACCGCCGAACAGACCACGCCCAUUCUGGACGAGCUGCACGAGCACACCGAACAGUUGAUCCAGGACCAAUACGGCAACUAUGUAAUUCAGCAUGUGCUAGAGCACGGCAAGCAGGAGGAUAAGUCCAUUCUGAUAAACAGCGUGCGCGGCAAGGUUCUGGUGCUAUCGCAGCACAAAUUCGCUUCGAAUGUAGUAGAGAAAUGCGUCACCCAUGCCACACGUGGCGAACGCACUGGUCUUAUAGACGAGGUCUGCACCUUCAACGACAACGCGUUGCACGUGAUGAUGAAGGAUCAGUAUGCCAACUAUGUGGUCCAGAAGAUGAUCGAUGUUUCGGAGCCGACGCAGCUCAAGAAACUAAUGACCAAGAUCCGGCCCCACAUGGCCGCCUUGCGCAAGUACACCUAUGGCAAGCACAUCAACGCCAAGUUGGAGAAGUACUACAUGAAGAUAACCAACCAUACGGUGGGCACUGGAGCCGGCGGAGUGCCGGCAUCCUCGUCGGCAGUGGCAGUCAGCGGCAGUGGAGCUACUUCGUCAUCGGCCACAGCAUGCACCAGUGGCAGCAGCACCACCACCACCAGCACCACCAACAGCCUGGCCUCACCCACCAUUUGCUCGGUGCAGGAGAACGGCAGCGCCAUGAUUGUGGAGCCCUCAUCCCCGGAUGCCUCCGAGUCCUCAUCCUCGGUGGUGUCGGGCGCCGUCAACAGCGGUCUGGGUCCCAUUGGACCCCCGACCAACGUUGUGCUGUAAAGGGGAGAACAAGUAAACAAAAGUAAACAAAUAAAACCAGGCAGUCAAAGGAAACUUCCUUCUCGAAUCGCAGACUAGUUUUUAGGAGCUGUAGAGCUAUACAUAAACAAAAAAAUACAUAUAAAUGUAAACUAAUUUAUUGAAAAAGCAGCUAUCGAUUGAGAAGCUGCUCUCGAAGAUUUGUAAAGUGAAAAAAAACACACAUGCGCCAAGCUAGAGAAACAAAAAAGUAAAAUGCUGGCCAGCUAGAAAGCAAAACAGCUUGAGAACUAAAGCUAAAACAAAUUUGUAUUUUUACGAACAAAAAGUAAUAACACUCUCACGAAAGAAGAUUUCAAAAUAUUUGUACAAUGCGCUCGCAUAUUUAAUUUGUAAAAAAGAAACACACAGAUCACACAAAGAUGAGGAGAAACAACAAAAAAGGCGUUAUAAAUCGCAAAAAUGAAAACACACUGAAUGUAAAGUUAAAUGUCAAGAAAACCAUUUCGUCUGCGUAGAUUUUCGUUGUAAUAACUUUGUAUAAAUUAAUGAUUAUAUAGCAAGUCUAUUGUAAAUGAUUAAUGUUUCGACUGUAAAUUGAUAAGAGGACAACUGAAGAGCCGGCGAGCUGAAGAAUGAAGAAUGUAGAAGAGCUGCAGAAGGGCUGCAUGGAUAGGCCUAGAAUUUAUAAGUGCAGACAGAGGAGGAACCAUUUCAAAUAUACAUACAUAUAUAAACGAGGGAUAACAGCAGAAGCCACACUUAGUGUAGAAUGUAGAGUAAUACUGUUUUUGGAGCCAGCAGCUACCGGAAACACAAUGAAAACAGAGACACACGAGACACGCCACGCCCCCUCACGCACACUCGGUUGCAUACACCCACACCCAUACACACACACAAUGAACGACUCUUCAGCCCAUUCACGUUGCUUUUGCACUAUGUAAAAAUUUUGUAUAAAAAAAAACCCCCAACAACAAACCAUGUAAACCAUGUAAUUUUCAAAUGUUUCACUGUAAAAUGUAUACAUACUAUAUUUUGUAAAUUUUUUUUAAGUCGCAAGUAACUCAUACAUAUUCUAUUCUAAACUGCACGCAUGUAUUUAUAAUUUUAUACAUAUUAGCUGGCGGCCGCCCACCGAUGAUAAGCAAGUACUUCGGUGGGUGGGGCGUCAGCUAAAGAACCUGUUAGCCAAGUAAGCCCCAUUGAUAAUGAUUGGAUUUUAAAACUAUAACCAUCAAAAUAAACCAAUUUUUUUUCAAAAUUAUCCGACACACUUUUACGUUUGCUAGCCCACCUUAAUGUAUGAUAUAUGUAUAUGUAUAAAUAUGAUUUAAAAUCGACAUUAUGCUUUCUCAACUGCACACUGAGCGAAAUCAGGUGGAGAGUUACCUUGUUAUGUUAGACAGAAAGCGCUUGUUGCUCCCUGCGAAGCUUGAAAUGCAUUAGCUUUGAAUAAUUAGCCCUUCCCCCACGUAAGUGUAUAAAAUUGUUUUAAAACGUCAUCGAAACACUUGUAAAUUGCAAACAAAAAUUGUAUAUGUAUACAUACGAACGAAUAUUGUAAAAAGUAACAAUACCAAGAAGAAUUUUGUACAUUUUUGAUAUAAAUUUAGAUUACUUCGCGACGCCUUAUUCCAAAUACUAAAAUACUGAAAAUACUGAAAACGAGAGAUGGUAAGAAAAACGAAUUUAGACUUUUUUGUCGGUUUCGUCGAAACACACAAAAAUCCAAUGUAAAACCAUUUUUGGAGAUCAAUGUAAAGUGUAUUAUGCAUAUUUUUGUACACACAAAUUCGUUGUCGUGUCGUUGUAUGUUGUUGUCGUCGUCACCGUCGUCGUUGUCGUAUUUUGUAUAUAACAAGCAAAGGAUACCAGUCAUUGAACAUUUGUAAUUUUCUGUACAUUUCCCCCCCGCAACACAUAACAUACAUCCCAUUAACCAUUGAUCGUAAUCCCUCAUCCCUCGUUCCAAACAACCCAUUACAUCCGUAUACCCGUAUUAUCCUGUCUCUGUACAAGUGAGCGCAUUUCAAGCGACGGCGCAAGCAGGGCUCGGUAUUAUUUGUUUGGUAUUUUUAGUUAUUAACUUGUCAACUGCCUGUCUCUAGAGCGCAAUGCACUGAUAAUUUUAAUUUAAAUAAUCCAUAGAUGAACAUUGUAUUUAGGAUUCUCGAGUUCGAUGAUCGGUCGAUCGAUGAUCGCUCGAUACGGAGUGAACAAUGCAAGUAGAGAUGCUUUCUGUAGACUAAACACAAUGCUACACGCCGUGUAAAUUUGACGUGUAAAAUACACAGGACACCCACACACACACACACACUCACAAAAACACAAAUACACCUACACACACACAGGACACAGCGAGCUGCUUAGCUGUAGUAGUUAGUGUAAGCCAGCGAAUCCCUAUAAAUAUAUAUAUUUAAACAUACAUAUUUACACGCAUAUAGAGUUAUGUACUACACUUAGUUUUGAACUUGACGUGAGGCAACGUUUUUAAAAAUGAUGUAAUGAUGUAAUGAUGUAAUGAUGUAACGAUGUAUAUGUAAAAUACAUGUGUAGAGUAGCGGAAGUGCUGUGGCACAGUGAAAUUUACACGUAAGCUGGCGUAUUCUACACACGCCCAGUUUUUACAGUAACAAUUUUUUGCACGCAUGUAAGACACUUGGGUAUACAAGUCGAAAACUAAAAACCUAAAGCAAAUUCCAAUUAAAACAGAAGCCAAGCAAAACAUUUAACAACCACAAUUGUAAACAAUAUAACAUAAAUUGUACGCGAACUCCCUGUAAACUUGUAAACGUGUAGCGAAGCGAAACGAGCAAGCAUUUUUUUCUAUGCCCAAGGCCAAAAAAGGUCUGGCAUUUUGAAAUUGCAAAAUAGGAAAAAUAAGUUCCGGCUGCAAGAUGUUUGGAUUUUUCGCAAACUUAACUGUAAAAACAAACAAGAAAUUAAAGCCCAAUACUGAAAAGGGCCUAAAGAUAACCAAUAUUUAAAGUAAAUCUUAAACAUACAGCAGAAGCAGAAAUUUGUAAAAUUUUUUCGACAGCAGAACCUUGUAAACUAAGCUAAGGAUAUAGCUAAAAACCAUACUCUAAAUAAAUAAAAACCAUUUGUAAUUUGUUGUAAAAAGAAAGGACAGAGCGACGGAAGGCGGAAAUUUAAAGGCAUGGCAUGUGCUAGAGCUGGCGUCAAGUAAAACUAUAAAUUAUAUAUAAAUAUAAAUAUAUAUUAAAGCAUAUACAUACAUAUAAAUAUAAAUAUACAGUAAUUAAUUAAUUACGAGAAUAUUUUGUAGUUACACACUCGAACACACGGAGAAAUUCAAAUAUACAAACAGAGCGAUUGUUUUAGUUUUGUAAACGGCGAGCGAUUGGCACAAGUUAUAUAACUAAAAAUUUGGACAGCAUUGCAUUCGAGCAUUUGAUUUAACUAUGCAUUAGACUCUUAUGUUUAUUAUUAUUAUACAAAAUACGAUUAAUGCUAAUUUCUUUGUGAAAAAAAUAAAACAAGUUUAUUAUGUAGCAAAAAGCAAACGUUUUAUUUCUCAAUUCGACCCAUUCGAUUUUCUCUCCUCCACCACAAAAUGCACACAGACACACAUAGUUUCAACUAAUUGGCUUCAAUGGAAGGCUGCGAUAACUACAAAUCUGAAAUCAAAAUUGAUAUUAAUACAGCAUGCUGCAAUUAAAGAGCAUAGCAUUACAUUGAAAAUAACAAAACAAAUAGAUAAAUAAUAUACACUUACCAUAACCUAUAGCCCUUCCGAAACCACAGAAAAUGGCACAACCAAAAGUGAGCGCAAAGUUCGAGGCAUUUUAUACGGCGCAUUUUUUAUAUAUGAACAGUCUAGCUGUCUAUAUGAUAUGUAUACCCAAGAAAUGAUCGACUUUUAUAAUGAGCCAGUAAGUAAACAAGACAUAUUUUUUUAUCAGCCUUGGCAAGCUAAACUUUUACCAGGCCGUAAAUUUUAACAAAAUUAUACAUACUUCAAGUGAAGAAUACCAAAACCUUAUGCCCAAAAUCCAAAAAAUGAAGUCGAAUACAACAGCAAAAUCCAUACCAUACCAUUUUCAACUAGUAGAAUUUUUCCAAAUUGUAGAAAUGUAAACCUUUAUAUAAAUAUAUAGAUUUGUAAUUGAGCUCUCAAGUUCUAUACGAUAUAAAUAGACACCAUAAACUCCUAAGUUGGUCGUUCCUUGUAAGCACGACUUAAAAGAUGAACUGGAUACAGUAGUAAAACUCAUGUAGAAAAGCAUAAAACUAACUAAGCAUUAAAAAAUAUAGUUAAUCUGUACAGUGGCGUAGCUAGGACUCGGUUGAGGGGGGUUCUCAAAACAAAAUUUGUGUAGCAUACUUUUGAACACAAGUUUUUCAUGGGUUUUCACCUGGGAAGAAUGGACGUUUAACUCCCAAACCCCCCCUGGCUAUGCCCCUGAAACUGUAUAUAGGGAAUACCAGGCAGGCAAACAACUUCAACUGAAAUCUCCAGGUUUUGGUAAGUGGAUGGUCUUACUUUAAAGAAGAACUUAAUUCGAAGAAAUAUUUUCAAACUGUUUUAUCAAAUAUAUACAUUUGAUAUAUUAAUUCCCAAAAUGAUUGCUUUAGAUUUCGAUCGUCCACUUCACUUCGACGCAGUUAAGACGCCCGCUAUUGACCAAUGCUUGUACUCCAUUGUAUUUUGAAAGCCUAAACCCCCAAAUAAGCCACACAGAAAAGCAGAAUCGAGAAGAUCAUAUAAUAAAUGAACUUGAAU